AUGACGGACCUCGACGACGCUAGCCAUGUAAGCCAGCAGGGUCUGGCUGCUAUAGUCUGGGUCUGUUUCGCUGUUUCCACCGUCUUUGUCGCCUCUCGCCUUACGGUACGCAGCUAUAAUCACCGAAGUUUGCAGACGGAUGAUAUAUGGAUCAUCCUGGGAUGGAUCUCGAUGCUGCUCAUGUCGAUACUCUGCAUGCUACAGUCGCAGUCGAUAUGGCAUGUGGCGGCUGUUGAGGAUGGCCGUGUUGUGCAGGACCAAGCCAAGGCGGAUUGGUACGAGGAGCAGCAGGCAAGAUGGCACUUUGCGCUGGUAUAUCUAUUUUGGGUGGCGCUGUGGUGUGUAAAGGCCAGCUUCCUCGCCGUCUUUUACCAGGUGCUCUAUCCAUUCCGGAUCCAGAGGACCCUGUGGUAUACUGUGACAAUUUUCGUUACGCUUGCCUUUCUGGGCUGUGCCAUAUCGAGUAUAUUCAACUGUGAGAGGCCUGGCGACUAUUUCCAGGCUGGCAAGUGUGAAGGCUCGGCUGAUAUACACCGCCAGAGAUUCAACAUUUUGUUUUCUACAGUCUUGGAUGUGGUGUCCAAUGUGGCCAUCAUCGGGCUCCAGCUGUCCGUAUUGCCAGUACUUAGCCUUGACCGACGCAAGAAAAUCGGAUUGGGUGUUAUAUUUGGGCUAAAUCUGUUUGUUGUCUGUGUAGCUGUCUUGCGUAUGGCGCAGAUACUCAUGGAUGAUAAAAUUGAUGUUGUUGGCCUGGACAUUUGGAGUGCCGUCGAAAUAUGUACUGCGCUAAUCAUUGGCUCCCUGCCACCGCUCAAUGGCUUGUUGUCUCGUCUGAGACGCAAGAGACGAGCAAGUCAGAAGAGGAGCGAAGCUUCAUUGGAGAGCGACUUGGACACGGAUGUCAUAUAUGCGCACGGCUCCAUGUCCAACACUGUGAUGCGGAUAGAGUCUAUUCUUAUGGAUGAUGCCCAUAGAAACUCUAUGCGCGACGGAGGAAUAUAUGUGCAGAGGAUGUUUAGCAUACACGUUGAGACGCAGAGCGAGAUGGAGCUUGGAGCAGCCUGCGGAGACACUGCAUCUGAUGCUCCAAUCAAUUCCUCUGAGCAUAAAGUUUCGAAACAAUGGUGGCAGUGGUGGACAGGUACUAAGAAGUAGAAAUUCAGGUUUAUUUAUACAGA